UUGUAACAAAAGUGGUGGGGCCGCCGCUCUGGCCAGCACCCUAGGCCCGCCCGCCAUCAGCUGUCGCCGACAUGGAACCUGUGGCUAGCAACAUCCAGGUCCUGCUGCAGGCGGCUGAGUUCCUGGAGCGCCGUGAGAGAGAGGCAGAGCAUGGCUACGCGUCCCUGUGCCCGCAUCACAGUCCGGGCCCCAUCCACAGGAGGAAGAAGCAACACCCGCAAGCUCCCGGAGCUCUGGACAGUGGGCGGUCUGUGCACAACGAGCUGGAGAAGCGUAGGAGGGCCCAGCUGAAGCGAUGCCUGGAGCAGCUGAAGCAGCAGAUGCCCCUGGGGACUGACUGUGCCCGAUACACCACACUGAACCUGCUGCGUAGAGCCAGGAUGCACAUUCAGAAGCUAGAGGAACAGGAGCUGAGGGCUCGGCGGCUCAAGGAGAAGCUGCGCAGCAAACAGCGGAGCCUGCAGAGGCAGCUGGAGCAGCUCCGGGGGCUGCCAGUAGGUGAGAGGUUGCGAGCGGAUAGCCUGGACUCUUCAGGCCUCUCUUCUGAGCGCUCGGACUCAGACCAAGAGGAGCUGGAGGUGGAUGUGGAGAGCCUGGUGUUUGGGGGUGAAGCCGAGCUGCUGCGGGGCUUCAGCGCGGGCCAGGAGCACAGCUACUCGCACAGCACCUGUGAUUGGCUAUGAUGCUCACUACUCUGAUUGCCUUCUACUCACACUGGGCUGAGCCCACCAGGCAGCCCAGAGGGCUACUCAGAGGCAUCAGUUGGAAUGGACUAAAAGGACCCUCGUGUGGGAACAGGUACUCCCCGUAACCUGCUACUGGCUGCCAGGCAGUCCCCACCGGUUGGGAGGAGGCACCCAGAGCUCUGCAGGGCAGGCAGCUUGGGCCUGGGCUGCCUUUCCAGGCGUUUUUGUAGCACUUGGCUCUGCUGCUCCAGAAGGGGCAGGAAGCCUCUUGGACCCUCUUAUUCCUGAAUAAGGCCUCUGGCCUUUGCCCUACAUAUACUGUACAGUAUUUUCAUUAAAAGCAUCUUUCAUAA